UAUGCUACAACCACCACCCGCCGGCUUCUCCUACUUCUUUUCCGGGCCACCUCUUCGCCGUUCCACCACCACCUGCCAUCGCUCCUCCACCGUCACACAAUCUCCACGCCGCUGCCUCCUCCCUCAAAUCAACCCUCCCGUCAUAAAAUGCAAUAUCCAGCCCCUCACUUAACUCACAACAACACUGUUCUACACUGAACUGUUUCAUACUAACUCCAGUUCAUGAAUAAAACCAUGGAAUUAUACUAGGAACAAUGGCAUUUCGCUUUAAAACUCUGUUCUCUCUUUAAGUGUGACAAUGUACACGUCUAGGUUGCACCCUUGAUUAAUAAAUCAGUGGAAUGCUUAUACAGUAUAAGGUGCAACCUCAGGCUUAAUGUGGUGUUUAUAUAGCUUUAUUACAGGCUCAAACUGUUGUGUGUGGCAAGAUAGAAUCCUGUCCUACUUGUGGUAGAAAUUUCUGUGAUAAAGAAUCCAUUGAAAUGGGGAAGGGAGCAAAAAUGAAGAAGGAACGAGAAAUCAAGUUUGCCAAUGCCAUUGAGGCUAUGAAUAUUAUUGGGAUCAAGGAAGAGAAGGUCUUGCCAGUACUGAAAACACUGGUGAAACUGUGUGACGAUAAUUGGGCACUUAUUGAAGAGGGAAAUUAUAGAGCCCUUGCAGAUGCUAUACUUGUUAAAGAUGAGAGAGAUGUGGAAGAGCAGCCAAGGAAGAAUGUGGAUAAUGGAGCACAAGACCAUUUGGAGAAAGAAGCUCGGGAAGCUGAAGAACCUGAACGGCCAAUGAAAAUAUUGAAACAUGGACAUCUAAAUCAUCAAACUUCCUCCUCAAGUACUUCUAAUACAAGCAUGUCUCCUUUUCGUCCUAAAGAACCAGAUAAACUAUCUGAAAUGCACUGCAUCAAACUGAAUGGUACACGAGGCAUGGAGGAGUCACCCCAAAACAAUGCUAAAAGAAAAAUGGUUACGCCAUUAGUUGUCACGUCCCAGUCAUUUGGUCAAAGUAAAGGAAAGCAGCCUAGUUCUUCUAACUCUUUGGUUAAUGAGAAUGGUGAUCCCAACCACCCCAGUAGCAUCAAUGGGAGUCAAAAAAGUGUCAGACAAACAAAUGCACCAAGAAUACCUUCUCAUCCAAUGAGACUGAGAGAUAGAGGUGCAGGAGCUGCAUCUCUUCAAACUCCAUCAAGGACAGUCUCUAAGAGUUCAUCACAUGCUAUACAACAAUCAGAGCCUAAAGUGCCAGACACCGUGUGGUCACUUGAAAAGGACAAAAUCGGAAAUGAUGCUAUAUUUAAGACUAAAGAUGCGCCAACCACUGAUGACGAGCCACAUAUAUCACAUGGAGGAGAUUCUAUUACAAAACCAACAUCACUACAAUAUGUCAGGGAAAGAAGAAGUACAGCUGAUGUCACUAUGGUUUUGUGUGAAUCAAGAAACAGUGGCAAGUUGGGAACAGAUUUAAAUAGGCAAUCAGUAAUUGGUGACACAACUAAAUCAUCAGCUGCAGGUGUUAGAGGUGCCGAGGCCUUGGUCAUCAGUUCUUUGAAUGGAAUGGUUGGUUCUAGAUCUGGUGCCGAUGUCCCUAAGCCAAAAUCUAAGGUACUUUCUCCACCUUUAAAUGGCAGGAGUGGUAGGCCACAACUGAACAAAUUGAACACCGAAGAUAAUAUUGUGGUAAACAGAGAAAACCAAGGCAAUUGUCCUGAAGAUAUAAAUGGUCUGAGAUGGGAAGCUGUUCAACAACCCCAGCUGAAUGGUCAGACUAUCAAGCCAAUCCAUGAUUUUGUUGAUAUUUCCAAGGGACAAGAAAAGUUUCCUAUUGCAUUAGUGAAUGAAGUCAAUGAUGAGCGUCCUCCUUCUUUCUGCUACAUUCGCCAAAAUGCAAUAUACCAAAAUGCGUAUGCAAAUUUUUGUUUGGCUCGUAUUGGAGACAAUAGUUGUUGUUCUACCUGUUCUGGUGAUUGUCUAUCCUUAUCCUUACCUUGUGCAUGCUCAUAUGAAAGUGGAGGCGAGUUUGCUUACACUGCGGAUGGCCUUGUCAAGGAAGAACUUCUUAAUGAGUGUAUUUCCAUGAAUCUUGAUCCAAAGCAACAUUGUCAAUUUUUCUGUCAGCAAUGUCCACUAGAAAGAUCAAAACGCGAGGAUAGUAUUGAACCUUGCAAGGGGCAUUUAGUAAGGAGCUUUAUUAAAGAAUGUUGGAUCAAAUGUGGCUGUAAUAUACAGUGUGGAAAUCGAGUAGUGCAGAGAGGAAUUAGUCGCAAAUUACAGGUGUUUAUGACGCCUGAAGGAAAAGGCUGGGGUUUACGCACACUGGAGGACCUGCCAAAGGGUGCCUUUGUCUGCGAAUAUGUUGGAGAAGUUUUAACAAAUGCGGAACUAUUCGAACGUGUUUUGAGUAGCCCUGAAGGGGAGAAACAUUCAUAUCCAGUUCUUCUUGAUGCUGAUUGGUGUGCAGAAGGAGUGCUGAAAGAUGAAGAAGCGCUUUGCUUAGAUGCUACUUAUUAUGGAAAUGUAGCACGGUUUAUUAAUCACAAGUGUUAUGACUCGACCUUAGUGGAAAUACCUGUUGAAGUGGAGACUCCCGAUCAUCACUACUAUCAUCUUGCUUUCUUCACUAGUAGAAAAGUAAAAGCCAUGGAAGAACUCACUUGGGAUUAUGGAAUUGAUUUUGAUGACCACGACCACCCUAUUAAGGCGUUCCGUUGUCAAUGUGGUAGCGAGUUCUGCCGUGACAUCUAACGUUCUAGAUCUAGAGCAGGUAGGAGAUACCAGAGUGGCUGUGGUACUCUACUUCCAAAUUUAGCCCUUACAAACAUUGAUUGAUUGACAUAGCUAGGGUUCUACAUCCUUAAAAUAGGCAUUGACCCAGCUUUACUUGGACUGGGUAAUUUGAGUUGUUUUUCAUUAUUUUUUUAUGCUGUGUAGUGCAUGUAUGAGGAAUUUAGAUGUUGCGGAAAUUAUAAUUUUGUGUGAGUAAAUGUGUUUGUAGCCGAACUGAUUUGGCAUUGAUCCCAGAAAAAAUGGUCAGAGCAGUGUCCGUAGCUAGUGUUUGUAAUAAAUUGUGUUGUACUGUAUGUUUUUCAUUCAUUACCAUUAGUUAAUGUCAUGGAUUUUCUGUAGCA